UGUCAAUGGAGGCGGGGCAGCUUCGAACAUGGCGGUGUAGUGUUCGCCUGAUGUCCGCUGGAGAAACCGCUCUCGCCGCUCUUCACUUCCACCGUCUCCCGCUGCGUCCCGCUCCGUUCUUGCGGUAUGGACUCCAACAUGGACAUGAAGAAGAGGAUCAACCUGGAGCUCCAGGACCGAAACCCCUCCGAGGUUGCUGAGCUGGUCGUGGACAACUGUCGCUCUGAUAAUGGAGAGGUGGAGGGUCUGACAGACGAGUAUAAAGAACUGGAGAUCCUCAGCAUGGUCAACGUCAACCUCAGCUCGCUGUCCAAGCUGCCCUCGCUCCCCAAGCUACGCAAGCUGGAGGUCAGUGAUAACGUCAUCACUGGAGGUUUGGACUCUCUGCCUGAAAAAUGUCCAAAUCUCACACAUCUGAACCUGAGUGGGAACAAGAUCAAAGAACUGAGCAGCCUCAAAGCCCUGCAAAACCUGAAGCACCUCAAGAGUCUGGAGCUGUACAGCUGUGACGUCUCGGCGCUGGACGACUACAGAGAGAGCGUCUUCACGCUGCUGCCGCAGAUCUCUUACCUGGACGGGUUCGAUCAGGACGACAACGAGGGGCCUGACUCAGAGAAUGAUGAGGAUGAUGAGGCCGGUCCGCCUGGGGAUGAAGAUGAGGAUGAUGAAGACUCAGAGGGAGAGGAGGAGGAUGAGGAAGAUGAUGAGGAUGACGAGGUGGGGCUGUCGUACCUGAUGAAGGAGGGCAUCCAGGAUGAAGAGGAUGAUGGAGACUAUGUAGAGGAAGAGGACGACGAGGAGGAAGAGGACGAUGCAGAUGAGGACGCCGCCGGCGUCCGCGGUGGUGAAAAGAGGAAGAGAGACGCUGAGGACGAAGGUGAUGACGACGACGACGACGAUGAAUAACUGACCCCUCCUUCACCUGUAGCCCCGCCCCCUGCCUCUCCUCCAGUAACCUCUGACCCGCCGUGCCUCAGAGCCACAGACUGACGGACUCUUGAUGUCAUCGCUACCCUGGCAACAGAACCCCAACACGUCCCAAUCAGAGUUCAGGUUACAUGUAAUCAGAAUAAAGAGUAAAAUUAGGUGUAAUUAGAAUACUUGUAAUCAGAUUACAUGUAUUCACAUUACAAAACAUCAGAGGCUGUUUCACAGUAGAUGGAUAACUGUGUGCAAGAUGCAUUUGUGUGAUGUUAGUCACUUUUUCUAAGUUUAUUUGAAAAGUAAAGCUCAGGAGAAGAUUGAAAUCUAUGUUCGGUCAGUGCGCCCCCAGUGGCCAUUUGCAGUACUGCAGCACAGUUUAAUUUGUCCUCUGAACACUACAUUACCACUGAUUGGUCCGAACAUGGCCAAAAAAAAAAAAUCUGUUCUCUGAUUGGAUUGCUGUUCUCCUGGAGGAAGUCUAAAUGGCUUCCCCCCCUUCCUGCCCCGCUCCCUCCCACCUGCCAGUCUGUGGCUCUGCUUGAGGGUCGGUUCAGUUCUGGACCCCCAGAAUCCAGGAUCCAAGACGAGGUCUGUGCUGGUCUCCGAGGUGUGUAAAUAGCCAUGGUUUGUGCCGGUUUGGUGGUUUUGGGUCGGAGUUGAUUUUAUUUUUUUAUUCCUCUGUCUGCCCAGUUUACUGUUUUUGAAUAAAACUUCUGAAUCCUUUCAA